GCGCGCAGGCGCGCCGCCCCCUUUCCCCCGCUGCCGGUAAGGUGCUCGGUUCUUCCGAGGGAGCUAAGGCCGCGUUGGGGUGAGGCCCUCACUUCAUCCGGCGACUAGCACCGCUCCCGGCAGCGCUCGCCCAGCACUCGCCCUCGCCAUGGCCUCGGUCUCGGAGCUCGCCUGCAUCUACUCGGCCCUGAUCCUGCACGACGAUGAGGUGACGGUGACGGAGGAUAAGAUCAACGCCCUCAUUAAAGCAGCCGGUGUGAACGUUGAGCCUUUCUGGCCAGGCUUGUUUGCAAAGGCUCUAGCCAACGUCAACAUUGGGAGUCUCAUCUGCAAUGUAGGGGCUGGUGGACCUGCCCCUGCAGCUAGUGCUGCACCAGCAGGAGGUCCUGCCCCCUCCACCGCUGCUGCUCCAGCUGAGGAGAAGAAAGUGGAAGCAAAGAAAGAAGAAUCUGAGGAGUCUGAUGAUGACAUGGGCUUUGGUCUUUUUGACUAAACUGGCUCUUUUGUAACACGGCCAAUAAAAGCUGACCUCUGUUGCUGUUGGG